GUGCCACUUUCAGGUCUCCUCACACUGCUGGUGUGUUCCAUUUUUUGUCAUAGGGUGCUGGCAGAUUACGGGCCUCCCAUUGCUGCUGCCAGGCCCGUAAUCUGCCAUGGGCCCCAGUACCGCCUCCUCAUGCUGCUGCCAGGUCCAGAGUGUGUCAUGGGUCCCUGUACGGCCUCCCAUUGCUGCUGUCUCCAUCGCCACACUCUGCCAUGUGCCACUUUCAGGUCUCCUCACACUGCUGGUGGUUUCCAUUUUUGUUAUAGGGUGCUGUAUGGCCUCCCAUUGCUGCUGCCCUCCACCGCCACACUGUGGCUCUACACUCUGGUUUUGGCCCCGUGACUGCCCAAAAUGAGUGAAGUGUGCGGUGAUUCUAAGAUCGACGGCACUCAUCUGCAUGUCAUACUG